AUGGUAGACACGCGGAAGUCGUCCCUGCGCGAGGGGACAACCUCAGGGAAGCCGCUGCUCCACAAGCACAAACAGCGAGACUCCAACCUGCCCUCAGUUGAUGACUUCGAACAUGAAGACAAUCUCGACCGUGGACGCUCCCAACACAAUGGCUAUGCCGGGAUCCCUGAUCGACAAUCCUCUCCGCGUCUCUCGACCGCAUCCUCCCGCCCAAUGUCUCGACACAGCCAGGCAUCCGGGAGCGGUGCCGGCACUCCCCAACAUCCAUCGUUCUCCAGACGAAGUACGCUGCGGAGUCGAUCGCCAAGCACGAAUGCCCGCCUCGCCGCCCGUAAGAAAUAUACAUACGCCGCCAUCUUCCUCAUCCUCGCCCUCGUUUCCUUCUGCGUACAGACCGAAUUGGGCGCAUACGUCCAGAACGAGCUAGGAUGGAACAAGGCAUACUGCAUGCUGUACCUGACACAUGGGGAGUUGGAUCAUACUAAGCGCGACAUGCCCUGGAGUGUAUUCUGGAGUAAGCACGUCUGGCUCUGCCGGACCACCGCGCAGAUGGUCGAAGGCAGGACGCUGGAAGUUCCCCAUCACCACUCAGCCCGGAGCCCCGUGCGCUACAUGCUCACCACCACCGCCGUGGUCACGAGCGCUCUCACCGUGGCCGGCCUGGGCUGGUAUAUAGCCGUGGACAUGACCACACCGGACCUCACCGCCAUCUACAACUGCUCUGCCUUCUUCGCAUAUGUCUUCUCCGUGCCGCUGCUGAAGGAGCCUCUGCGCCUGGACAAGAGCUUCGCCGUCAUCAUCGCCAUCAUAGGCGUGCUGAUCGUCGCCUAUGGCGACUCCAAGCCCACGGACGAGGAGGCCGACGCCAACAACCGCUUCCUUGGCAACCUCAUCAUCGGCGUCGGCUCGGUCCUCUAUGGGCUUUACGAAGUCCUGUACAAGCGCUAUGCAUGCCCGCCCGAGGGCUGCAGCCCGGGAAGGGGCAUGGUGUUCGCGAAUCUUGUCGGGAGCCUCAUUGGCACCUUCACGCUCUCCGUCCUGUGGUUCCCGCUGCCUAUCCUCCACAUGCUCGGCAUCGAGAAGUUUGCGCUGCCCACCGGCGCGACUGCAUUCUGGCUCUUCGUCUCCGUGGUCAUGAACGCGACCUUUGCCGGGUCGUUCCUCGUGCUCAUCAGCCUGACGUCCCCCGUGCUGAGCUCCGUCGCCUCGCUGCUGACCAUCUUCAUCGUGGCGCUGAGCGACUGGUUCCUCACCGGCGAGCCGCUUAGCUUCGCCGCCAUCGUGGGCGGCAUCAUGAUCAUCGCCGCCUUCCUCAUGCUUAGUGUUAGUACUUGGCGUGAGAUCCAGGAAGAAGAGAAGAGGAAGAGCGUCGAGUUCGACGAGGCCGACCUCGAGCCCGAUGAGGACGACGACGACGAGAGCGACAAGGCUAGCCUUGUGAGCCACCACGGCUAG